AUGCCACUCCCCAAGUCCCCCUACACCCUCCACAAACACCUCGGAAACGACUUCUACCUCGUCCAGCGCCUCACCGACGGCGAGAUCCUCUUCGCGCGGCCCUCCCGACACCCCAACAACCCCCACAUAGGCGGACCCUCCCUCGAACUCCUCCUGCAGUUCGCCGGCGCCCAGCCAGCAGCCAACCUGCUGAACCACGAGAAUCUGAUCUCUCUGCAUGAUGAGAUGACUGCUGUGUCGUCCAUUCCACGGACGCCAGGGAGUGACGGGAGAGAUGCUGCUGCCGCGCAGGAGGGAGGGGAAGAGGAUCGGCCGGGGAUGGUGAAAAGGUGGUUGAUUAUGGACUUUGCCGAGGCUGGGACGCUGCAGGACGUAUUGGAUGAUUAUGCGCUUCCUGACUCUACGCUUGCAUCGUCUUCUUCUUCUGGGCCAUCGGUUUUUGCUGCCGGGGCUGUUCAGCAUGGCGGGUUCUUGCCUGAGUCGUUCAUCUGGCAUGUUGCGUUGGGUCUGCUACGGGCCCUGCAGUGGUUACAUGAGGGGAUACGGGAUACUUACGAGGUAGUAUCGCCCUCUGACCUACCACCCCCACCCCCGGCCACAACGCGAGGCCAUCGAGCAGCCCAAUACCUCCGCAUCCGAGGCAAGACCCCGCCCGAGCAGGACUGGAUGCCGGUGCUGCACCGGGGGAUCCGGGCGUCGAAUGUAUUUCUGCAGCACCCGCGGGGGACAGAGACGUAUGGGGCUGUGAAGCUCGGGGGGUUGGAGAGGGCGGUGGUGUCGGGGAGCGCGGGGUUGAUGAGGGGCACGCCGGUGGUGGCGAUGGAGGGGGAGGAUGGGGUGGGCUUGGAGUUGUUGAGGGAUCGGAAGGUGAAGUGGGGGAAGGAGGGGUUGGGGAUGUUGAGGGAAAAACGCCCCUACACCCGCGGCAACGAGCUCCUCUCCGUCGGCGCAAUCCUCUACCACAUGAUGCUCGGCCGGGAACUGCCCCAGCCCGAAGACUGCGACACAUGCGGAUGCAUACACGUCACCUCCAACACCAAACCCAACCCUCAAGCAACCACAACUCGCUGCCGACACGCCAGCUGCGCCGGCAAAGACAUCAAUAUCGACGUCGUCUUUGCGCCGCUGCUGGCCUACACGCCGGGCCUGAAGAGGCUGGCUACCAUGUUGUUGCAGGCGGAACGUGGUGAUGGAUGGUGGGCGAGCGAGGCGCUGAAUACGGCGUGGGAUGGGUUUGAGCGGUGGGCGGAGGAUACCGAGGAUGGGAGGGCGUAUCGGGAUGUGUUUGAUGAUAUUUGGUUUCGGAGGCAGAAUCAGGUGCGGUUGGGGAAGAGAGCGCGGGAGGAAGAGGGGGAGGCCGAGGGGGAGGGAGAGGGGGAGGUGGACAUGCAGGAGGGGGUUUUGGUGGUUUAG